CUUGCUAGGCGUGGCGGCGCAUGUGGAGGGGGUGAAGCUUGUUGAAGCAUCAAACCAAAACAUUGUCCGGGAUAUGUAAUGUUCUCACGUCUUUGACAAAUUCUGAGAAGUUUUUUUGGUUUAUAAGGAACAAGUACCGAUCCCAUCAACCAUCAUGUCGGUGAAUUCGGAGCAGGAGUACCCCAAAGCCUCCCGGGCUAUGCACUAUGGAGGAGUUCUAUCGUAUUGUGCUGGUAUUUUCCUCAUCAUGGCUUUUUGUGGGCCUUACUGGAUCCAGUCAUACAAGGAAACAUUCUCUCCCUUCAAACACAUGGGCCUGUGGGAGUACUGCUUUGAAAACUAUCGCUACCCAUACUACCAGUUCCCUCACUUAUUCCAUGGCUGUCACCAUAUCUUCAGUCAGGAAUACUAUGUGAUUCGUGAAUGGCUGAUUCCUGGCUGGCUCAUGGUGGUGCAGACAUUUGUUACAUUGGCUCUCAUGUUGAGUUUCUCUGCCCAAAUUAUGGCUGCUCUGACACUCAUUCGUUGGCCUCUAAAGUUUGUCCUGCGAUAUGAGUGGCUCUUGACUAGUCUUUGCUUCUUGUUUAAUGCCGUAGCAAGUGCCUUUUUAUUCCUUGCCGUUAGCAUCUUCGGAGGCCAGUGCUGGCGUCGUGAUUGGCUAGAAUACCCCAACUACAAUUACCUGUCUUGGUCUUACGGAUUUGCUGUGAUUUCAUUUUUCUUCCACGGUUUUGCAGCAUAUGCUCUCUUCUUUGAAACUCGCAGGUACUAUGAAGAGAGAAGAGCCAACAGUAACCUUGUCAUGCAGAUGUACCCUGACCAUGCAAGAAAUGGGUACAUGUGAACCAGUCUAGAAUUUUAAGGAAGCCAAGUCAAAGAAGACAUUCCACUCGGUAUUCUUGUAUUGAUUGCCACAAUAUGUAUUCUCAUUUUGUUUUCAUAGUAGUAAAUACUUAACAUCUAGCUUUUGCUAGAAAUUUUGAUGCAAA